ACUGUAGGAUUUCCAUAAAACCGCAUCAUUGAUCCAAGACCCUGCAAGCAGGCCACGUUUAACACAAGUUCGUACAGGUGGCCUCUCAGAGACUUUCAUAGAGCUAGACCCCACCUAGUAUUUAACUCUGACAUCAUCACACUCACAAUACUCACAGUAGUCCUUGGCAACAGUGUACAUCUUCCUUAUUCCUGGUUGCCAUCGGCACCUUUGCGUGAAGUAUGUAUUCUUCAGACCGGCCUGGAACUGCUUCUGCUUCGCUUCUGAAAGGCAUGAUGGACGAGAGGCGACCCCCGAAGGAUAUCUUUGAAGCAGCUUCACGCAACGAUAAAGGGUACAUCAAAAGACAAGCAGAGAGGACGCUUGACUUCCAGGUUAACAUCCGCGACUCGCUUCACCGGACUGCUCUGCACUGGGCCGCCGAGCUCGGACAUAUCGACGUAGCCGAACUCCUAAUCGACUACGGGGUCGACGUCAAAGCUGUUGAAUGCAAUGGCCGGACUGCUGUGCACCUGGCCGCACGGAGCGGUGAUCGUGCUAUGCUGGAAUGCAUCAUGGAGUUGAUUUCGCCCGAAGAGCGGGCCGAACUGAUCAACCAGGCGGACAACUUUGGCGUGACGCCUCUUUACCUUGCGCGGCAAAAGGACAAGGAGGGGCUGGACGCCUUCGAGUACAUGCUGCAAAACGGUGGCCGCAUGAACGAGGAGAAGAAGGCCUAGAAGGAGGGACCGUAGAUGGGAGCUUGGAUCAGCUCCAGCAGCCUACCAUCUGGUCCUUUCCGGGGCCGCAUAAUUGGGGGUGAUAACGGAGGGGCUCUUGGGGUGCUACGAGGGGCCCUGUAGGCCCACUCUGGAAAGCUCAGUUGCGGGCAAAGCCAGCUAGCGCUUUCGGAUGUAGGGGACCCUAUGCGGCUUUAAGCUCUGUCAGGCUUUAGGGGCCAUAGAGGUAAGGUGGUCAGGUAUGCAAAAGCCGGCUCCCGCGUGUGCUUCUGGAGCUUCUGGUGAUGUUGCGCAUGUUGCGGAAAGCGGGGUGAAAGAAACGGUGAUUUCGAGCGGUAUUGUGUUACUGGCGGGUAUACUGUAAACCCCCGCCUUGGCAUUUUGUGGUUGCUUGCGGUAAAGAGCUAGGUAGGUUGCUCGAGGGAGGGAGAUGGGCUUCUAUUGUGAAGAGGAGGCAUGUCGUAUUCCUUUAUGCGAGUCCGGUAGUCCUUCUCAGUUGGAAGGAAAAGGCCGCGGGCGUGGAGCUUGUGUGGCUUUUGGAUCAGGCUUGUGCCGGCUCUCACGUAGGACUGGAUGUGUGCCUUAAACGUGACAAGUGGAGGGGUAAAUGCCGAUAAACAGGCCUGACGCGUAACCCUGCUUGUACUGUCGUGUACAGACGCGCAAGCGGGCGCGCAAGUGUAACCGUUGUUUGUUGUUGCGAGUUGUGGGUUGUGGGUGCAGCUGAUGGGAAGGUGGGCUGGUUGGACGGAAAAGGGGUAGUUGUUAAUCCGGUGGAUACGUGAGCACGCACUGCGGGGUCUCAUGGAUGGGCGUGAGGUGUCCACGUUUUCUGGUUGGCUUGAUGAACAUGGGUACUUUCGGCGUGCAGGCGUCUUGGGUGUGCAGGCAGGCGCGGCUUGGGUUGCAGGCAAGAAGCGGCUUUUAAAAGAGAAGGUAAUUUCUCGGCGCGUUUAUCAUCCAGCCGUAUAUCCGUACAGCUUUUACUGUUUUUGCCUAGAUAAUUGUGGUUUUCUUGCACUCUUCCUUUUGGAAAGGGCGGAACGAGGAGCUGCAGUUGGGCACUCACCGAAAUAGUGAAACCUCUCGUGAGCGUAAGUUCCCAAGGUGUUGUUGUGCGUCGGCUUAGUAAUAUCCCCAUGCCUCCUUACUUUACAUGUAAUGAAGCUUCCAGCUUCAUGAAGGGCCUUUUCGCCCGCCGGGCUAGGCGGGUGGUUACCCCGGGCUAGCAGACGGUAUACUAGCAGUGCGGCAUAACACAACGUAGCGACAUGUGUUGUUUUCCCUGUUUGCCAAUAACGGUUAAUGGUGGUGUGCGCAUGCGCAUGCAUCUGUGUCCUGUGUACAUCAGGCUUGCGUGUUUUCUUUGCGUUUUCUGUUUUGCUUGUUGCGCUUUCGGACGUGAGCUCCAAUGUGCAUCGGAUCUGCGUCGAGUGCCCUAAUCGUGUUAGCUGCGGAAGAGGUUUCCUUCUUCUGCCGGUCGCGCUGGUCGGGCAUCCCAUUAGGGCCCCUUCAGCAGGGCAAUCGAGCGCCCAGUCGUACACGCCCGUGCGCACUGGGGGCAUGUGCUGGGAGCCCGAGGCGUGUUAAGAGUGUGGUGCUAAUAGGAAAGACGGCUUGUUGCGUUUCGUGCGGAAGUUGGGAGGAGGAGGUGAGCGGUUAGGGUGUUUGCUGGAGCUCCGGUUAACAGAGUGUGUGUGUGUGCGGUCGAUGGGGUGCUGUCUUGCACUGGUUGAACGGGAGGAGCAUGCGCGCCUGUGGGCACUAACCGCUAUACAA